AAACACAUGGAAGAUUAUUCUGAAAGCCAGCUGAUGGAAUAUAAAUCUUUUGUAUUUGUAUACAUAGCUAUCUCUCUGGAUACACAUUAUUGUCUUGCUAAUACAAGGAAAAAGUGUAAGGCAAGCUUUAAAACUGAUCUGCUUUGUGACAAAGUAAUAGUUUUUGGAGAGCAGAUAUCUUCUUUUCCUUCACAUUUUGGUUUCAGUUGUAUAAGGUUUAUGAGCAAAUAUAGUCCUGCCUGCAUAUUAAUCAGCCACAGUUGUUAAGAAAACAGGAAGAGGAAAACCAUCACAGAAGUCUGUUUCUUUGAGAGAAGCUCUGUCCUCACAAAAUACAUUCCUUGUGCUGAGUGAUCAAAAUUACUGAAAGAAUAUGUAUUGGAAGAAAGUUCCUUCCUUAACUUUCGUGCUUCUUCUCAUGCUUUUGACGAAUGGCAGUUCCUUUUCACACGAUGAACUGAAACUGUUUCGAUCUAAACACUACCACAGAUUCAGCUGUAUAGGUUGCGUAAGUGUAGUGGCUAUAAUACAGCAGCUUUCUCAAGUCCACAACUCUACAGUAAAAGCAACUCUGGAAAGAUUCUGUACCUACUUACCUGAAACAUUCCACCUACAAGGUAUUUGUUUUUUGCUUGUUGAAAUAUAUGGACCAAAGAUUAUUAAAUUGGUAGAAACCAAAAUGAAUGCCGAUGUGAUAUGCCAUUCCAUUCAUGCGUGUAUAAAGAAAGCAGGUCAACCAUACUGUCAUCUAUACCCUCCUCCUAAGGAAAGGUUUAACAUAGCUAUAAAGAAAUUAGAAGGAAUGUUUACAACUAGAAGCCAGAAAUACGUGCAUGAACUAUCAUUUAUAUGUACGCUUCCUUUUAUGAGAAAUCUGUGCCGGAGAAUUGAAUUUUUUGUCAAGAACCAGUUACCAUUCGUAGAUCUUGAUGGAGAUAAGUUUAGUACUUACCAGAAUUUGAGAGGGUAUUACUGGAGAGGCCAAGACUGUAAUGACCGAAAUGCUGCUGUGUACCCUGGUAGACGCCCUGAAGCCUGGGAUGCAAAGGAGGAUUCCAACUGUAACGGCAUAUCUGGUGUUGAUUCAAAAGAUGGUAUUCCUUAUGAACAGAAAUUCUGCAAUGGCACAGAAUCCAAGGGUAUAAUUAUGCUGGGAGACUCUGCUGGAGCUCGAGCACAUAUCCCCCCCGAAUGGAUAACUGCGUCACAGAUAUCACCGAAAACUUAUUCCAACAUUCUUGAGGUAAUUAGCAAUGAAAUUGACUGGCCUCAAUUUUCAGCAGUCACUGGGUUUCUCAAUUCCACAAUUGGAGGAAGGACAGAGUCACUCUACAGCCUAUUACGUAGAAGAAAUCGCUGCAAUCAUAAAGAUUACCAGAAUAUUUCUAAAAAUGGUGCCUCUUCAAGAAAUGUCCUACAUCUUGUACAAAGCUUGGCAAGGAAUCAGCAAUUUGACAAACCAGCCAUAGUUAUUUUUGCAAUGAUUGGGAAUGAUGUCUGCAAUGGAAAUCCAGACACAUUGAACAAAAUGACACAUCCUAAACAAAUGCGCUCCAAUGUUGUGAAGACUUUGCUUUACCUGGAUAGUCAACUUCCAAAAGGGAGCCAUGUGAUUUUGAUUGGCUUAGUAAAUGGUAGCUUUAUCUGGGAUGCCAUGCACAGGAGAUACCAUCCUCUUGGUCAGCUAAACAAAGAUGUCACAUAUGAACAAUUUUAUUCUUUUCUUAGUUGUCUUCAGAUUAAUCCAUGCAAUGGCUGGUUGACUUCAAAUGGCAUACUUAGGAAUUUGACUACAGAGAGAGCCAUGCUUCUUUCCAAUGUCCUGAAAGAAAUAGCAAAAUCUGAGAAGUAUCUCAAUUUUGACGUUUUCUACAUGGAUUUCCCACUGAAAGAAAGUACGAUAGCCCUAACAUAAACACUUCUGGAGUAGUUGGACUGACUCAUUUUGAACUUGACUUUGAAUUCAAAAGGUUUUGAAUUUAAAAUAUUUAAUGUACUGUAAUGGAAGAGAAAAUCUUAAAGAACAGGAGGAAGAGCUGCUACCAAGACAAUGGGCAGGUAAAAGAAAUCUGAGCCUGGGGCAAAACUGUAACUUGAGAAAACAUCUCAGACAAGACCUCCACGCCCCUCCCCCCAGCCCAGUUCUCAUGAAGAUGAAGGGGGGGAUGAGGGAAGCACAUUCAAACUUGCUAUAGUCUGUUGCUAUAAUCUUAUAUUAAAAGUAGAAUUAGCAUGCAUGACCUUGGUUUCCCAGUCUGAAAGAUUGACAAUUAUCCCUAAACCUUCAAUGGAAUGGCAAGUUAAAAACCUGCUACUAUUAUAUUUAUUAUCUGCUUUAUCACUAGAUGAGACAUAAGAAUUCUGAAUUACUUAUCUUUUUUUUUAUUUAGUGAUGUAGUCACAUAUUCUUUAUUAACAAAGAAUUACUAAUGGAUAGGCAUUUACAUCAAAACAAUUCUGAAGAUCUAUUUAAAACUGUGUAACAGCUUUUAGCAUAUUGCUAGUGAGCUGAAUUAUUUUGAAAUAAUAAAUUUAAAUCAAAAUAGUGGAAUGUGGAAAGAAGUAAACAGUUUAACUUUCUACAUUGCUUAAUAAAAUCUAAUCUUACCAAAACAGAAUUCUAUCAAUGUUUUAUAGCUGCUUGAAGGAAAAAAAUUUCCUUCUACACUGCUGCCAUUUCAUUCUAUUCACUAACCUAUUUUUAGUUUACAGUCUUGCUAAAUCAAUGCGAAACCUUUUCAGAGUGUGAAAUAUUUAGCAGCAAAUGCUAUUUUAUCACCCACUUUCAAUGUUUUAACACUUGGAAUUUAAAUGUUCUAGAAUUGAUUUAAUGAGAAUUAGGUCCCAUCAGGUUUUUCAGGAUUUUGUUCUGUGAGAUUGAAAUAUGGAUGUGACAAAGUCCCCAUAUAAUUAAACUAAAUAUAUCACGUUUCCCCAAAAAUAAGCUCUAAUUUGAUUUUUGGGGGUGGGUCUAAUAUAAACCCUACCCCAAAAAUAAGCCCUAAAAUAUGCACACCUAAAAAUCAAGCUAGGGUGGGAGGUGGAGGAGUGGAGCUGCCCCAUGCGUCCUAUAGCCACUUACCUUUGUAGCAAGGCCUCCCUUGCCUGUCCACUUCUUCUGCAGCACCCCCUGGCCUGAAUUUCGCCAUCAGAGAUCUUCCAGAAAGACUUCUGCAGCUGAGAACUGAGCUAUAGAUUCAAUCCAUAGCUCAGUUCUUGGCAGCAGAGGUGUUUCCAGAAGGCCUCUGAUGGUGAAAUGCAGGUUGGAGCUCCAUUCUCAGCUGCAGAGGCAUUUCCUUCAGCCACAGAAGAAGUGGGCCAGCUGGGCUGGGCUGUCAAUGCUGCCACCACAAGGUGAGACCUUGAAAAAGACACCCUCGGAAAAUAAGAUCUAUGCAGUGCAUAGGUGACGAACCUAUGGCACGGGUGCCAGAGGCGGCACCCAGAGUCCUCUCUGUGGGCACACGUGCCAUCACCCCAGUCCUAGGCUUUCAGCUGGGUUUUAUAAAACCUUUCCG